UAUCUCAUUCAGCUGACCAUUGAAGAGUCUUGUCACGAGGCAUUUGCAAUAUCGAAAAACGGGUGAUACUGCGGUCAUCCAUGAGCUCAGGCAAUUUCCCAUGGCCUUCAAGGAAGUGGACAGUAGAGGAUUUCUACCACUCCAACAAGCCGCCAUGCAACCAUCAGGGAAAGUACUGGAGACAAUUCUGGUCUCCAGCCAGCCAAACUUGGAGGAGACAAGUAGGAAUGGAGAGACUGCCUUGACUUUAGCAGUUCAAGCUGGACUAGAGGAGAAUAUCAGGAUCCUUCUGGAACAUGGAGCAUUACCACAUAACCCCAACAGCAAAAAGGAAUCUCCACUUCUGCUGGCUGUAAGAGUCCGAUCUUAUCAAAUGGUGUACGCUCUCAUUGCACAUGGAGCUGUAGUGGAUCAGGUAUGUUCUAAGAGGUGGACGGCACUGCAUGAAGCAGCCCAGGUGGGCUGCGUUGACAUUUUAAUGCUGCUGCUGAGACGUGGCGGCCAGGUGUCAGUGCGGGAUUGUCAUGGAGUGACACCAUUGAGUGUAGCAGCAGAAUGUGCAAAUCUUGAAGUCCUCCAAGUUCUCAUUGAUAUUGGAGCUGAUGUGAAUGCACAGUCCUAUAAGGGAGAAAGUGUGUUGAUGGAUGCAGCUGGUUCUGGAAACCCAGACUGUGUGGAUCUUCUGCUUGAACAUGGAGCCUCACCAGACCUGGCCAGUUUGACCGGGCAUCUUCCUAUUCAUCGUGCAGCCUUCGAGGGCCACUACCUUGCGUUGAAAAAACUGAUAUCUGUCACAAGCAAAAUGGCUCUCAUAGAGUCUGGUCAGAGUCCAGUACACUCUGCUGCAGAUGGAGGUCAUGUGCAGUGCCUGCAGCUCCUGGUUGACAGCGGUUUUGAUGUGAACGCUCUACUUGACCAAACCAUCUCCGACAACUACAGUGACAUGCGUAGGAGCGCCCUUUACUUUGCCGUCUCAAAUGGAGAUGUAACUUGCACAGAGAUGCUGUUGAAUGCCGGAGCCAAACCUGAUCUGGAUCCCCUGCAGUGCCUCCUAGUGGCGGUGAGAGUUGGGAUGUACGAGAUUGUCAGGAUUCUCCUGGCCAGCCGAGCAAAUGUGAACUGUUACUUUACUGAGGUCAACGACACAGUGUUUCCCACUGCCUUACAAUACUGCCUGAAGGAUGAGGAGAUGAUCUCUGGUAAACAAGCUCAGUAA